AUGGACAAUAACCAAGCCAACACCCUGGGCAAUGCUGCUGCCGCUACCGCACCUGACACCGCGGUGUUGGACAAAGGCAAGCACAAGGCUACGCAGGAUUCUACCUCGAUGGAUGUGAGCAUGGACGAAGGUGAAAGUGAUGAGAGUGAAAAUGAAGACAUUUCCGCUUCGCCUGCGUUAACAUUGAAACAUAUAUUGACCCUGUCUUCCCAUGCAGAAGAAGAUGAUGAUGACGAAGAUAAACUCGAGCCAAUCUCAGCCGACAACAUUAUUCGUGGCGAGCGAAGGACACGCGGCAAGAUCAUCGACUUCCAGAAAGCCGCAGAAAAGUUCAAGGUUGAUGAGGGUGACGAUGAUGAAGAUGAUGAGGACUUUACACUUGAAGAUAAUGACAACAACAUGCGAGAUUAA